AUGACUUCUGAGAAAUCAGUGACUUCCAGGAAAGACUGGAUGACAACCAGGAAUACAUUGGUGACAACUGGAGAGACAGUGGACAUCCAGGAGAGACUGGAAUUGGGCAUCAAGGGCCGGCACCCCAAGAUAAUGACUCCAUACCCCCAGGGUCUUCCGAGAGGGGGGGUGGAAGAGAGAUCCAAUAGGACGGACACAACGGAAUCGACACGGCUAGUACAACGGACAUUGACAGGUGAGGCCUAUACAGAGACAGCUCAGUGUGUUUGCGGGAAAAUCUGUAAGAAUGCCAGGGGUCUCAAGAUACACCGGUCUAGGAAGGGUUGUCAGCCUGAUCCGGAGCAGAGACAGUGCACAGACUUGUCUGGUGAGACACAGGAGGACCACAGCCAGGAAGAACACCACAGUGCUGAGGAUCUCCACGAAUCUGAGGUGGAACAGGUUGAUAAGCCUACAAGACCAGAACAUGAUCUUGGUAGCCAGGGCAGUCGUACAGAUGACAGACUAGAGCGCAUCAAAUGGCCAGCUAUGAACGAGAAACAGUGGAAGGAGUUUGAUCAGGAUGUAGAUGGCAUCGUGGAACAGGUGUUACUUGGAACAGUAGAAAGGAAACUGCGGAGUAUGUGUAGACUGAUAUAUGCAGUCGGGAAGGAAAGAUUUGGGGUGACACCAUCGGAAAGGAAGCAGACUACAGUCGCCAAGAACAGACGGCAGAUAGAAAUAGAGAAGUUGAGGAAGGACCUUCGCAACUUGGGGAACCAGUACAGACAGGCAUCAGAGCUAGAGAAAAUUGGUCUACAGGAACUACGAGACCACACCAGACGCAGACUUCAAGACCUGAGGAAAGCGGAAAGGAUACGAAAAGCCAGAAGGGAGAAGGCCAGACAAAGAUCACGAUUUCUUUCCAAUCCCUAUGGUUUUAGCAAGGAAAUCCUUGAAGAGAAGAAAGCGGGACAGCUGAAUUGUUCUAAAGAGGAGGUUGAAGAGCAUCUGAAGAACACGCACUCUGAUCAGGCGAGACAUAUGCGGAUGGAGGGACAUGAACGCAUAGCCCCAGUACCCAUGCCCAUUGUUGCAUUUACUGAGGGAGAACCAACCCUCAAGGAGGUCCAAGAUAUAAUCAAGAAGGCUAGAUCCAAGUCAGCACCAGGCCCAAAUGGAAUACCUUACAAGGUGUACAAGUCAUGCCCAAAACUGCUGAGACGGUUGUGGAAACUAUUGAAGGUGGUCUGGCGUAAAGGAGAUGUACCUGUGGAGUGGCAGCGAGCAGAAGGCAUCUUCGUCCCAAAGGAGGAGGUUUCCAAGGAUAUUGGACAGUUCCGGACAAUAUCAUUGUUGAAUGUGGAGGGCAAGAUCUUCAUGUCAGUCGUUGCCAGGCGUCUUACAACUUUCAUGACCAGUAAUGGGUACAUUGACACAUCAGCACAGAAGGGAGGUGUUCCAGGAUUCUCUGGCUGCAUUGAACACACAUGCGCUAUUAGCCAGUUAAUCAGGGAAGCUAAGAUCAACAAGACAGAUCUCACAGUUGUAUGGCUGGAUCUAGCAAAUGCGUAUGGCACGGUACCCCACCAGGUAAUAGAGUUUGCUCUGAAACACCACCAUGUACCAGAACAUAUUCAGAGCAUUGUCAGAAGCCACUACAGAAACAUCAACAUGCGCUUCACAACAAAGAACUUUACAACAUCCUGGAUACAGCUUCAGAAGGGGAUUGUAACCGGCUGCACAGUGUCAGUAGUACUGUUCAUCGCCGCUAUGAAUCUCAUCAUCAAAGCCGGAGACAGGGAGUCAAGGGGACCGAAGACCCAGACAGAUAUCAGACUUCCACUACAGAGGGGAUUUAUGGAUGAUCUGACUAUCACAACAGAGUCACACAUACAAGCUCGAUGGAUCCUAUCAGCCCUUGAAGAUGUUGUGUCAUGGGCUAGAAUGGCCUUCAAACCAAGGAAGUCAAGAUUUCUUAUCUUGAGAAGAGGUAGAGUCUGGCAGAAGACAACACUCAGGGUACAGGGCGAGGAUAUCCCAUCACUUAUUGACAACCCCGUCAAGUGCUUGGGUAAAUGGUUUGACACCACACUGGGUGAUAGCAGAAAUAACACAGAGCGCAUCAGGCAGCAACUGAGGAAUGGGCUUGCAAAGAUAGAGGGAACAGGCCUACCAGGGAAGUUCAAGGCAUGGCUUUUCCAGCAUGGCCUCCUGCCCCGUCGUCUGUGGCCACUAAUGUUGUAUGAGAUCCCAACAUCGACGGUUGAUAGCUUGGAAAGCAUGAUAAACAAGAGCCUGAGACGAUGGUUCGCAUGGAACUUUCCUCAACCAUAUCUGAAAGAACUUCUGUAA